AUGUGGGGUGAAAUCGCCGAGACUCCUCCCCGAGAGAAGAAGCAUAAGAAGAAGAACAAGAAGCGAGCUGAACCUGAUCCCGACUUACCUCUAACGCGUGAUUACGGUGUUGAUGAAGAUAGAGAUGGGGUGUUGGUAGACGACGCUCACAACGAGCCCACGAUGGGUGAUAAGUUAUCGAGUCUUAAAUUACUAGGUGGAGAGAAAGUUAUCACUGAGGUUUCUGCUCCGAGUGAUGAUAAGCCUCCUACUGCAGCCUCUGUGAACGUUCUUUUGAGACAAGCAUUGCAUGCUGAUGAUCGGUCUCUUCUAGGCCCUGUUCGUUUGUACAUCUGGAAGAUGCAUCCAGAUGGAUCAGUCAGAUGUCUUAUCCAGAUGUUCUACCUGGAUGUUGUUCAAGAAGAAGAAGAUGAAGGUCCUGUGAUCUAUGAGGACAAGGACAGCCAUGAAGAAGGAGGAGCAGGAGCCGAGGAAGCAAUGGAGACAGAUGAAGAGGGAGACGAAUCAGACGAUGAAGAUGCUGAUGGUGUCAAUAGUUUUGAAGAUUUUGACGACAUGAGCGAUUGA